UGCAGAAUUUUAUUGUUAGAAUUGAGGAGUUGUGUCUGUCUCGGAAUAUUUCGAGGGAGAAAUUAUUUAACUCGGCAGUGGAAUUAUUCACUGAUGAGGCUCUAUUUUGGUACCGAGGUACUCGUGACCAACUAAAUAGUUGGGAGGAUUUAAAGGCGUCGUUGCUGGAAGAGUAUUUGCCCUACGACUAUGAUCAUCGUUUGUUGCAGGAGAUUCGUUCGAGGACCCAAGGUCCCGACGAAUCCAUAUGUAGUUAUCUAAGCCUGAUGCAAAAUUAUUUUUCGAGGUUGCGUAAACCUUUAGACGAUGAAGAGAAGUUGAGCUUGGUCAAGUUCAACAUUAGGCCAUCUUACUCCAUUCCUUUGGUCAAUGUAGAAAUAGAAUCGUGGGCCGACUUGAAGAGGCAUUGUAGGCAGUUAGAAGCGGCGAAACAGAGGGCAGAAUCCUUCACCGAACCCCCGCGCAGUGUACAGAAUGCUGUCGCCCCUGACCUGGCCUACAAAGGUAAGUCUGCUCGUCCAAAGUGUGAGGCUGUGGUUAAAAGUCCGAGCAUGGAGAAGUUUUGCGUGCGUUGCCGUGUGAAGGACCACACGCUCAGCGAUUGUAAGGCGCCUCAUAUUAUUAUUUGUUAUCGUUGUGGUGAAAAGGGCGUGACCGCUGUUAAUUGUCCGAAGUGUGCACGCCAGAAGGACGUCAAAGUCUCUGGAGUCACAAAACGCGUGGCGACGGACCGUCGUUUUGAUGUUACACCUGUUGAAGAGUGGCGUGCUUGGUGUGAUUUUGUGCGUGUAUUUUCUAAUAAUUGCAAAGCUAAUGUUGCGACGGUCCGACCAGAUGAUUGUCAGGAUGCGCGUCCUUAUCUGAAUGUUAAAAUUGGUGGUGUUCCAUGUUCUGGAUUGCUGGAUUCUGGAGCGGAAGUUUCUAUUGUUGGUGGUUCUGCUGUGAAUUGUUUUUCUCAUCUGGGUGAGUUGUAUAAAUCGGAUACGGAUGCUGUGGUAGCGGCGAAUGGUUCUACUUCGUCUGCUAUUGGUUACAUGUUUUUACCUGUCGUAGUGAAUGAUGUGUUGAAGGUUAUAAAGUUUUAUGUGGUUCCUGGAGUUUCGUCGUCCUUGUUGUUUGGCAUCAACUUCUGGAAAGCUUUUCAGAUAGCGCCUGAUGUUUUGCGACUUGUGAAUCGGAGGGAUUCAAUUGUUAGGCAUGCUGAAGCAGUCGUGCCUCGAAAGUUGACUGAUGAGGCUGGUAAAGCUUCUAAACACCCGAACCAAACCACUCCUGGUUUGUUUGGAAAACCGAAGGUUCGUCGUAGACCCUUCCAGUGUGUCAGCGUUGGUUUUGUUGGUCCACUGCCCAGGUCUCGACGGAAGGUGUUUGUGGAUAGGCAAUUGAGGAAAUCUCACUUGCGAGAUGAGUGUAGUGAUAGGCGUCCGAGAGACGUAGUGGUUAAAAAGGAUGAUGUUGUUUGGCGGAGUACGCAUGUUCGUAGCGUAGCUCCGAGAUUUAAAAAUUAUGUAAAGUAGAUUAAAGUUUUGUUGAGGUGUUAGUUUUUGUUGUUGUGUAUUGUGGUGGUUCUGUUUCUGUUAGAUAGGUUGAUGCUGGAGGGCCAGCGUGAAUUUUUCUCGUUAUCCUCGUAAAAUUCUGGUGGGUGAGGGGGUACUGUAACACUUUUUUUUUCUUGGCGAGAUUGAAUACUUACCGAUUUCCACAAACAAACAUUCCAACGGACCGUAAGGUCACAUAUUACAAAGUGUACAGUAUUUCCUUUGUCACUUGAUUGUGUCAUUGUAAGUGAUUCACUGAGUUUUUGAUUAACUUCUAUUAAAAUUAAUUACAUUGUUUUGGUACACAGAGCAAUAAAUAACCUCACUUUUGAAUGUCUCCGUUUGACAGAUCAAUGCGUUACGUUUCAUUCUUUUAGUAAAAAAAAGAGUGUAUAACAAAAUUAAAUGUUCAAUACUAAAUUUUUAUAAAACUUAAUAUUUAGGCUCUUUAAUUUAAAUUCUAGCUAUUUACAGUAUUUUCCUCAAUGUUUAUAUUAAAAUAACAUUGUAAUGUAUCUUGAUCGAUCAUGGAUUCGGAACGUUCUAGAAAUUUGACAUAUUCUGAGUGAAACGAAACACACAGGUGACGUUCAGAAACUUGCUUGUUUGUUAUUUUUUUUUCUUUCUAAAGUUUAAUUAUUUAAUUAAAUUUAAAUGAGAGAAGCAGUAUAGUGAGUUCCCAUAUCGAAAUUAUUCAAUAAGAGGCUAGUUAACACAAGUGGCAUUUAUUGAAAGUAAAGAAAAAAAUUAUACAAUACUGCUUGAUAUUGUGAUUUGUUGGAGUGACAAGUUUUCGAACGAACAUCUGAGUCACGGGUGAUGACCGGCGCUUUUUGGAGUGUCGAAGUCUUUUGCUUGGUUGGGGUGAUCGCGAACGGAAGUUCUGUUGUACGUGGUGUGAUAGUGUCCCGAAUUCCAAGAGGUCUGAACCGUGCCGUUCCCUGAUAAACGGGCAGGGCACGCAUCGCCAUCCUCUACGUUAAAAAGGGAAUUUUAGAAUAAAUCCGAAAGCCCCGUGAUUUUGUGGACUCAUUGCCACGUGCUGAGUUCUGUUACUGAAGAUUUUGGUUGGACAGUGCUCGGUGGCGAGCUCUGCGCUGUGUCCUGCUUUAGCGGCUGUCGCCGGAUUUUCCCUCCGUUGAAGGUAUGUUGUAGUUUCUUUCUCGACCUCAUUCGCCUCUCCGCUGAGUUAGGAUGAAUUACUAGAAACGUGGCACUCGGUCACGGGCUACCCUACUUCAUAGGUUGGUUCCGUUUUCUAUUGAGCUUGUCAAUUAUUUUAGUUUACUUUGAAAAAGUAGAUUACCCACAUAACGAUUACAUUUUACCAAAAAGUAAAUUCCUAAAUAAAUUUACCAUUGUGAUGUAUUAUCGAUGGAUUUUGUUGUGUUAACUAUUUUUAGUUCGCUUUGUGAAGGUAGAUGAUAUAAUAAUUACGAUGAUUACAUUUUACCAAAUGUUACUUUCUAAAUAGAUUUACCAAUAGUAAUGAAUUACCGAUAGAUUUUGCUGUGUUCACAUUUGCUCCAUCCUCGAGAGCGAUGGAUUAUUGUUUUUAAAUUGUUUUUAAUAUUAUGUAUUGUGCUGUUGUAUAAUAUAAUUUUUUAUUGUACAAUAGGAGGUGUAUGGUACCGGCUGCUCUGUUGGCACCGGCUAUCAGGUGUUUGGCACCGGCUGUCCCGCAGUGCCAGACGCUUGCUGCGCCCGACGGGUGCGGAGGGGGUUGAGCCGAGUGGUGGCGACUAGCGCGCUAGUAAUCUUAAGUAUUUUUAAUCAGUACCAACCAAACGGCCCAACGACCCAUCCCUUAAUUUUUCUUUUUAAAUAUUUGUGUCUAACCCAUAAUUAAAUUGUUGUCAAUUUAAA